AUCUGCCCCUCGGCCGGGCGGCCAAUUUAUCACCAUAUCAAUCCCUCCCUUGCCAUACCUUUCUUCAACACGCUUAUACCCCUCCCUUCUUCAUACCCGCUGCAUCAAAGGCUUGCUGGACAAUCCUUGAUUAAUCAUAAAACGUCACCGCCAUUGACCGUCCUGCUAUUACUCUGCCUACUAGCACAAACACAUAGUAGCAAUGCGUUUUGCUCCUCUCAUCAUCUGCCUGGCAGCAAUAUCACUUGCUGCCCCAACAAACUUCCUUGACGAUGCAUACGACUGGACCGAUGAACUGGCAGAAUUCUACGGAAAAGUAAGCCAGUACAUCAAUACCGCAAAACACAAGAUCAGAGCACCGGGGGCUUGCGAAGCCUCGAAGAUUGCUCUACCCUCCUAUGCUUCGGGAAUGACCAGCCCGUCAGGCCUAAAGCCCAGAUACGUUGCACUUGGACGGGGCACCCAGGAGCUGUCGCAAGACUCUACAAUGCCACAUGCAUUGCCGCCAACUUCCCCGAUCUCCUGGCAAACCUCCCCCAACCUUGCCUACAGUAUCUCCCUACCGACGAACGAAUAUGCCUCGUUCCCUCCCGCCAACCUCGAAAUGAUGGGUCACCAUUUCUUCACUGAUGCAACCCCCGAGUUCAACUUGAACACCACACCCAAAAAGCAGAAUGGCAUUGUCAUGACCAAGAAGGAAGGUGCAAUCGAUGCACCCUCCGGUGCAGUGUCAGGUAAGUACGGUGCUGUGCCUUGGCUCUACCUCACUUCUACCGAUGGCACGGUGGGCAACUACAAGAGUGUCUAUCGAGUCAACACUGCCGCUGGAUCACCACCAAAGACCUGCAAUGGUAUGCCAGCCGCAUUUCAAAUACAAUAUGCCGCAAACUACUACUUCUUUGGAGAGUAG